AUGGCUUGUUUCAGAUUCUUUUCCUUUUAUAUUAGUUUCCCUUUCUUGUUCAUUGCCUUUCGUGUUGUUUCUGGAGACAGCACUGGCGAUGGUCAAAUCAUGACCGAUAGAGCCUCGCUUGUGUCGUUCAUGUCAGGCAUCGUUUCGGACCCGGAAAACGCCUUACAAAGCUGGAAUUCUAGCGACCUCCACGUCUGCAACUGGACAGGAGUUGUGUGCAACAAUGCAAGAAGUGCGGUAGUAGAGCUUUACCUGAAUGGAAGCUCACUAAGAGGCACCAUCUCUCCUGCACUUGCUGGUCUCUCUAAGCUAACCAUUCUUGAUCUGUCCAUGAACUUCUUUGAAGGUCCCAUACCGGCCGAGAUAGGCUCUCUUGUUGAGCUCGAACAGUUGAGCCUAACAUGGAAUCUCCUUGAAGGGACAAUCCCUUCAGAGCUUGGUUCUCUUCACAAAUUAGUGUACUUUAAUUUGGGAACCAACAAGCUUUCAGGUGACAUUCCGGAAGCAAUCUUCUGUAAUGGAUCAUCUUUUUUGGAUUAUGUGGACCUGUCUAACAAUACUCUAACUGGGGAAAUACCCUUAAGAGAUGGGUGUGAGCUUCGGGCAUUGAGGUAUCUUAUGCUGUGGUCCAAUGGGCUUGUGGGUCCCGUCCCUCCAGCGUUGGCCAACUCCGCAAGGCUAGAGUGGCUUGAUUUAGAGUCGAACAUGCUGAGUGGUGAGUUGCCUUCUGACAUUGUUCGCAAACUGCCACGCUUGCAGUUUCUUUAUCUCUCCUACAAUGAUUUCGUAAGUCACGACGGUAACACCAACCUCCGACCUUUCUUUUCAGCUUUAGCCAAUUCAUCUAACUUGCAAGAACUUGAAUUGGCCGCCAAUAAACUUGGUGGAGAGAUACCUGCCAACAUCGGCGAUCUUCCUCGUACUCUGACGCAGUUUCAUAUAGCCGAGAAUCUCAUCUAUGGUUCAAUCCCUCCACAAAUUUCGAACCUUUUUAAUCUCACUCUAUUGAACUUGUCCAGCAAUUUUUUGAACGGAACCAUUCCAACCGAGCUAUGCCGAAUGGAAAGGCUUGAAAGAGUGUAUUUGUCGAACAAUUCGUUAUCUGGUGAGAUUCCCUCAGCUGUCGGUGAUCUUCCUCACCUUGGUCUCUUGGACUUGUCAAGAAACAAGCUAUCCGGUUUGAUUCCGGAUAGUUUUGCCAACCUCUCUCAAUUAAGAAGGCUCUUGCUAUACAAGAACCAGUUCUCCGGAAUGAUUCCUCCAAGUCUAGCAAAAUGCGUGAAUUUGGAGAUACUUGACCUUUCUCACAACAGACUUUCCGGGACGAUUCCUGAUGAAGUGGCGGGUAUGAGGAGCUUGAAGAUAUACUUCAAUCUGUCUAGUAAUUAUUUACAUGGUGCUUUACCUUUGCAGCUGAGUAAAAUGGACAUGGUCUUGGCAGUUGAUUUAUCGUCGAACAAUCUCUCUGGGACCAUCCCAUCGCAACUCGGCAGCUGCAUUGCACUUGAGUACCUCAAUCUUUCCGGCAACAUAUUGGAAGGUCCCUUUCCUGUUUCGAUAGGGCAGUUGCCUUAUCUUCAAGCACUUGACGUAUCUUCCAACCGUUUGAUUGGAGCGAUCCCACAAUCUCUCCAGGCAUCUCCAACUCUGAAGCAGCUCAACUUCUCUUUCAACAGUUUCUCCGGAAAUGUAUUGGACGAUGGUGCAUUCGCUGCCCUGACAGUGGAUUCUUUCCAGGGAAACAGUGGCCUCUGUGGAUCAAUAAAGGGCAUGAAAGCUUGCAAGAAGAGGCGACACUAUCACUUGAUUAUUGUGCCGAUUCUCCUUUCAUUGGUUGUCACUCCCAUAUUCUGCAUAUUCGGAUCCUGUCUCGCACUCAGGUCCAAAAUCAGACAGAAGCUCGAGAUUUUCAGCAGGGCCGACAUGGUAGAUGAAGAAAAGCAGGAAAGCAAAGAGCACAAGUACCCAAAAAUUUCGUAUCGGCAACUCAUGGAGGCUACUGGUGGAUUCAACCCUUCCGGCCUGAUUGGUUCGGGCCAGUUCGGGCAUGUUUAUAAAGGGGUUCUCCAAGAUAACACGAGAAUCGCUGUGAAGGUUUUGGAUUCGAAGACUGCUGGAGGAAUCUUGGGGAGCUUCAAAAGAGAGUGCCAAAUACUUAAGAGGACCAGGCACAGGAAUCUGAUGAGGAUCAUAACUAUAUGCAGUAGGCCGGAUUUUAAGGCUCUGGUUCUUCCAUUGAUGUCAAAUGGUAGCCUGGAGAGGCAUCUGUACCCGAGCCACAAGCUGAACCAAGGGCUGGAUUUGGUUCAGUUGGUCAGCAUUUGUAGCGAUGUGGCCGAGGGUGUUGCAUAUUUACACCAUCAUUCUCCUGUUAGAGUUGUUCACUGUGAUUUAAAACCGAGCAACAUACUUCUCAAUGACGAUAUGACAGCUUUGGUCACUGAUUUUGGAAUAGCAAGAUUGGUAAAAGGAGGUGAUGAAGGUGUUACGCCAUAUGAUUCUGCAACAUACAGCUCAACAGAUGGAUUAUUAUGCGGUUCAGUCGGCUAUAUUGCUCCUGAGUACGGGAUGGGGAAAAGGGCUUCAACUCAAGGAGAUGUCUACAGUUUCGGGGUUCUUCUGCUUGAGAUCGUGAUGGGAGUACGCCCGACAGAGGUCCUGUUUAAUGAAUGUUCAAGCUUGCAUGAAUGGGUCAAAAGUCACUAUCCCCACAAUCUCGAUCCCAUCGUGCAACAAGCACUAUCCCGGUGCAGCUCGCCGUCAAUGCCCGAGUACUUUAGGAAGGCAUGUUGCGAGGUGAUAGUGGAGCUGAUCGAGCUUGGUCUCAUGUGCACGCAGUAUUCUCCUUCAACAAGGCCUAGCAUGAUGGAUAUGGCUCAUGAAAUGAGCAGAUUGAAGCAGUAUCUCUCUGACCCUUCAUCACAAGAGAUGGAAGCAACUUCUUCAAAAGGCUGA